AUGGAAGUUCCUCAGGCGGCGGUGUUGUCGGAGACGACGAAUCCGGCGCCGGCGCCGGCGGUGGUUCCUGUAUUUGAGCGGUUUUCGAAAUCUCUUUACGUUGGUGAUUUGGAGGCAUCCAUAAACGAGAAGAAAUUAUUUGAUCUAUUUAAUCGAGUGGUUCCUGUUGCGUCUAUUAGGGUUUGUAGAGAUCGAAUUUAUGGCUUUUCGCUUGGCUAUGGUUACGUUAACUUUCUCAGUCUAUCAGACGCUUAUCGUGCGAAAGAUACUUUGAAUUUCACUAUUGUCAAUGGAAGGCCUAUCAGAAUCAUGUUUUCUCAAAGAGAUCCUACUAUGAGAAAAAGUGGAUUUGCUAAUCUGUAUAUCAAAAAUUUGGCUUUGUCGAUAGACGCUAAGGAACUUCACGAAACUUUCUCUAUAUUUGGAAGAAUACUUUCUUGCAAGGUAGAACUUGACGCCAAUGGAAGAUCCAAAGGAUUUGGGUUUGUUCAGUUUGAUAAAGAGGAAUCUGCCGAGAAUGCAAUUAAAAGAUUGAAUGGUCUAAUUAUAAAUGAUAAGAAAAUGUAUGUUGCGAAGUUUAUUCCUCGUCAAGAGAGGAUUAGGAGGAAAGGAUUACCCAAAUUUACUAAUGUUUAUGUAAAGAAUUUUUCUAAAAGGGUAACAGACGAGGAUCUUAAGAAAAUAUUUGGGAGGUUUGGUCCAAUCACUAGUGCAGUUGUUAUGAAAGACGCCAAUGGAAAUUCCAGAUUGUUUGGCUUUGUCAAUUAUGAAAACAGUAGCGACGCAGUUGCUGCAGUGGAGAAUUUAAAUGGGACCUCUUUAGAUGACAAGGUUUUAUACGUUGGAAGAGCUGAGAAGAAGGCAAAAAGGAUAGCAAAGUUGAAGGCUAAAUUCGAGCAUGAAAGGAAUAUUAGAUUUGAGGAGAUGAAAGGUGCAAAUUUGUACUUCAAAAACAUUAGUGAGCGCAUAACUAGUGAUGAUUUGAAGAUGCUUUUCUCAAGAUUCGGAACCAUUACAUCGUACAAGAUUAUGUGCGACUCUAAUGGAGUAAGCAAACGUUUUGGUUUUGUGGCCUUCUCUAAUUCCGAAGAAGCUAUAAAUGCUCGGAAUUCAAUGCAUGCGACGAUAAUAGCGGGAAAACUUUUAUACGUCGCCGUGGCUCAGCGCAAAGAAGAAAGGAAGGCUUGGCUCCAGGCAUAUCAUCUUCAGAAGCAAAACAACUCAAUCCUAUCAAGACUCCGAUCGAGAUAUGACGAGCCAAUGGAUAUUAUUAUUUGA